CUAUCCAGGUGAAAUUGCUGUGAAAUCAUGGCGAAGCACUGGAGUUUCACCUGUUUAGUGGCACUAGCCUUGCUAGGAUGCUCAGUUAGAACCCAAGCUCAAGAAAAAGCUCAGAACUCGCAAGACCCUUCACCACGGAUGGUAAAAGGCGCCUCACCACCUCAAAAUCCACAACGACAAGAUCCACCACCACCAUGGAUCCCUCAAAAUCCACAACGACAAGAUCCACCACCACCAUGGAUCCCUCAAAAUACACAACGACAAGAUCCACCACCACCAUGGAUCCCUCAAAAUACACAACGACAAGAUCCACCACCACCACCAUGGAUCCCUCAAAAUACACAACAACAAGUUCCACUACCACCAUGGAGUUUUCAGCAUGAUAAUGCGCCGCAGGUUCAACAAACUCCACAGCGAAGGUUUCAUAAAACAAAUGCUUCUUUACAAUAUGAUCAGAAAACGCAGGUGCCACAGACACCUUACAAACCAAGUGUGGUAAAGCAGCCUGCAGCACAGAGUUGUGUCGUUGCAGAAAACGUGAGAAUCCCAUGUGGAAGUUCUGAUAUCUCUGCCGCUGGAUGUGAAGAUAUAAACUGCUGCUUUGAUGGACGACAGUGUUACUAUGGAAAGGCAGUGACUGUCCAGUGCACCAAGGAUGCCCAGUUCAUCGUGGUUGUGGCCAAAGAUGCCACUCUGCCCAACAUUAACCUCGAGUCAAUCUCACUGUUGGGACAAGGGCAAGGCUGUACACAUGUUGAUUCUAAUUCAGACUUUGCCAUCUACAACUUUCCUGUUUCUACCUGUGGCUCUGUUGUUAUGGAAGAACCUGGUGUUAUAAUCUAUGAGAACAGGAUGUCUUCCUCAUUUGAAGUGGGAGUUGGGGAUCGUGGAGCCAUUACCAGGGACAGCUACUAUGAAUUGCUUUUCCAGUGCAGGUACAUCGGUACUUCUGUUGAGACUUUGGUUAUAGAAGUAUUAGAUCUUGUUGCCCCUCCCGUACCAGUCGCUGCCCUGGGACCCAUCAGUGUACACCUGAGGUUGGCUAAUGGCGAAUGCAAUACAAAGGGUUGUAAUGAAGUGGAUGUGGCCUAUACAUCAUUUUACACGGACACAGACUAUCCUGUGACCAAAGUACUGAGGGACCCUGUGUAUGUGGAGGUUCAACUCCUGGAAAAAACGGAUCCCAACCUCGUCCUGACUCUUGGUCGCUGUUGGACAACUACAAGCCCCUACCCUCACAGUCUGCCUCAGUGGAACAUUCUGAUAGACGGGUGUCCAUACAGGGAUGAUCGCUACCUGUCCGAACUGGUUCCGGUCGGGCCGUCAUCUGGUCUACAGUCUCCAAGUCACUUCAGGCGUUUCAUUUUCAAAAUGUUUACCUUUGUCAACCCUAAUUCAAUGAAACCCCUGAGUGAACAGGUGUUCAUUCACUGCAGCACAGCCGUGUGCACUAGUGGAGCGGGUCGCUCCUGUGAACCAUCAUGCUUCAGAAAAAGGAGAGACGUUCGGGCUGCGGACAAGAGCAAGGCUCAGUCAAAGGUCGUGGUUUCUGUUGGACCAGUGAUCAUGGGCGCCCCUCAGCAGUAAACAGCACAGCUUCAAGCUCGCGAAUCUGCCUGAAAACAUUUAUUAAAAGAUUUGAAACAUAAA